GAAAAUGUUAAUGGAAAAGAAGAUGAUGGGUUUGCCAUGACAGGGCAAGAUUCUGACAAUGAUGAGGAGCAUGAGAUGAAGGAUGAUGAUGUUGCUGAUAUGCCUGAGGAGACUGAGGAUGAUGUUGUACAGAAUGAGGGUGAGAAUCUAACCAACAAGGAUGCUGUUGUAGAGAAUGAGGAUGCUGGUAUAGAGAAAGAGGAUGCAAAUGUUGAGAGUGACCAUUCAGGUGUGAAUAAGGAAGGUAAUGCAGAGACUGAGGACUCUAAAGAAGAGACUGAGAAUGCUGGUGGUGUUCCUGAAGACAAAAAUGAAAAAGAAAUGCAAGAGAAGAACACUGAAGAAGAACAAGAAGCUUGUGACAUGCCUACGUUUAACAUAUUGACUCAGUCUCAAGGUAGUGAGAGAAAAAAAAGACACCGUGAAAAUGCAAGAGGAGGGACUAUCUGCACAAGAAGAUAAAAAUGACACUGCUGAAUCUGGUUGGGGUAUGGGGUCACAUGACAAUAGUCAGUUUAUCCCAGAGAUGUGCAAGAGUGCAGAUGAAGUGGCAAAAAGGCUUUUGAGAGCUAUUCUUCUAAUCCAUGCAGAGCAAUUAUAGUAAAGCCUGACCAGGAGGAUCUUCCCAAACAAAAGCGUUUUGUUAGGUCACCAGUGAAGUACACUCCAUCUGAGCAUUCAGCAAAGAGGAGGAAAAGAGAAAAGGGUAAGAAAAGAGCUGACGAUGAAUUUCUGCCUCCACUCAAGGAAGUAGUUGGACCUUUCACAGAAGAUCCAACAGAGAGCCCACCAGAUCAUGAAAUAGAGAGGGUGAGAGAAUACCUCAAAGUUGGAUUGUUGAAGAAGUUUCAAAAAAGCAAAAAUCCCAGAAGGUACACAAUGGAUGAAGACAAAAUGAUUCACAAGCCGUUCUUGCUAGACAGUAUUAAAGUUGAAUAAAAAACAUGGUUGUAUGACAUGUUUAUGAAUCAUGAAUGGAUCACUGACAAG